AUGUAUAUCGCUCUUGCAUUAUUUCCGCUCUGCGUGCAGAUCGCCUCCGGCAGCAUACUGCUGUUUGGUCCGGUGCGCCCGAACACGCUGGCGUGCACCAGCAACCACUACUCGACUGGAGGACCAGAACCCAAGGUACCUGAAAAGCAGCUUGAGCAGGUGAAAGAUUUUUCCCAAGUGACCAUCGCUCCAGUCAUCGAGACCUCUUUUUAUACAGGGUACACGAACCAGCUUUCGGAAUGCGUGAUGCGCCUGCGCCAGGAAUACCGCAGGCUGAACGAGGACCUAGUCUACCCCAGCGUGUUAUACUAUCUGAGUCUCUAUGUCUCUAAGGACUACGUGCGUGCGCACACGGCCAUGGUCGACCUCCAGAUGCUGAAGAUGCUCCACUUCUCUCAGCGCAUGCUGUUGGGUUACGCCAACAGCAACUUUACCGAGAAAGCGCACGGCAACGUGGAGAUUCGCGCCGAAAAGUACUGCAACGGGUGUGUCUACAUUGACAUUUCCGAGAAGUUGGGCCGCUACCGCAAAAAGCGCGCCUUGUUGCUGGAGAAGGAGGUGAAGCGCCUGAUGGCCAACAUCAACAAUAUCCCGUCCGUGAAGGCCACUGGAAAGCUGAGCCUGUGGGUUGAUGCCUUCUGCGCACCUUCGCUCGCGCUAAUAGUAGGAGGACCAGUCGUUUUGUUUGGGUUCCACUUAUUGCUUUAA